UGCCACCAUGACGCUGGUGUAUUAACCCUUUGGCGCAAAUUGAUAGCGAUUUCUGUACUGUGACCCCCCAUGCCCACACCCCUUUAAGAGACGUGAUGAUGCGACGUGUGUCACCCAACCCUGUCCGAGAAGCUGCCGAGAGGAGGAGAGUCUGGAUGGACUUGUAGACAGGUCAAAUAAAUAAACAAACCACAGGGGGAAGGGGAAAAGGAAAUUCCCUACUCGCUUUUCCUGUUUCCGAGCCUCUUGCGCUGCGCAGUGUUGGCGACGGGAAGCGGUGCGCAAUUUUCUAUCGCUCUAAGGACCACAGCCUGAAACGGCAUUCCCGAGCCGAGACUGACGGAUCAAAGAGGAAAGAAAAGCCGCAAUCUGACGACCUGCUUUGCACUGCGGGUUCUUCAUUUAUUCAAAAGCUUUUUUGUAAUGCAACAACGAAGGAGGGAAAGGGAGCGAAAACCUGUGUUCCCCUCCAACAGGGAUAUUUGACCGACCUAUGCAGCGCUGAUUUAUAUACCUUAUUUUUCAGAAACACUGUUCUACGAUUAGACGAGUCUAUUCCAUUGCUGGAAUAAAAUUCACCGGAUUGAGAAAAUAGCUUUCGUCGCCAGCUUGUUACAUAACCGAGUGGCUUUAGCUCUCCAAGGUGCUGAACUGAACGCUCGGAGCCUAUAACAGGACGAGCCGCCGGGAAUUCACAACCUUGCGUCGCAGGCCUAUAUCAUCUAGGAGAGGGACGCACUCAUCUCACUGAACCGCAGGGAAGAAGCUGGGUUGUAUUCGUAUUUCCCCCUCUCCCCCUCACCGUCCUGUGGUGAAAUAAAUUCCUGAGGAGGUCGAAACAACUAGGAGAAAAUGUCGGGGCAAACGCUCACGGAUCGCAUUGCCGCUGCGCAGUACCAGCUAACGGGAUCGGAUAUGGCCCGGGCUGUCUGCAAAGCCACCACUCACGAAGUGAUGGCGCCCAAGAAAAAGCACCUGGAAUACCUGGUGUCAGCCACCAAUACCACCAACGUGAACAUCCCUCAGAUGGCUGACACACUGUUUGAGCGAUCCACCAACGCCAGCUGGGUGGUCGUCUUCAAGGCCCUCGUCACCACACACCACAUGUGUGUCUAUGGCAAUGAGAGGUUCAUUCAGUACUUGGCAUCCAGGACAUCCUUGUUCAACCUCAGCAACUUUAUUGACAAAACCGGAUCACAUGGCUAUGACAUGUCUACAUUCAUCAGGCGGUAUGGACGAUACCUGAAUGAGAAAGCCUUUGCUUACCGCCAGAUGGCAUUUGACUUCACCAGAGUCAAGAAAGGCGCUGAUGGAGUGAUGAGAACCAUGACCACUGAGAAGCUGCUGAAAGGCAUGCCUGUUCUGCAGACACAGAUCGACACACUCCUGGAGUUUGAUGUUCAUCCCAAGGAGCUGAACAAUGGGAUCAUCAAUGCUGCAUUUCUGCUUCUCUUCAAGGACUUGGUGAAACUGUUUGCAUCCUACAAUGAUGGGAUCAUCAACCUAUUAGAGAAAUUCUUCAAAAUGAAGAAGAGUGAAUGCAAGGAGGCCUUGGAGAUCUACAAGCGUUUCCUGACCAGGGUGACAAAGAUUGGAGAAUUCAUGAAGCUGGCUGAGACAGUUGGAGUUGACAAAAAUGACAUUCCCGACAUCAACUAUGCUCCCAGCAGUAUCCUAGAAUCUCUGGAAACCCACAUGAACGGCCUGGAGGAUAUAAAAGGUGGAAAGAAGGGUGAAGGGUCUCCAACAAAGGGAUCUCCUACAAACAAUGUGUCUCCAACGUCAACUCCAGCCAAAUCUUCAAAUGCUGUUCCCACAUUGCAGCCUCCUCCUGGGGACAGUGCUGGCAGCGCUGCUGCUUCAGCUGCUCCUGAACCGGCCGAAGAUUCAUUGCUAGAUCUGGAUCCACUGGCCUCUACUGGCCCUUCAGCACCAUCAGCUGGCCCCACAUCUUGGGGAGAUCUUCUUGGAUCAGAAAUGGGCGAUUCCUUGCUAUCUGAACCCACCCUCGCAGCUGAGCCCACCCCCUCCCUUGCAGCGGCAUCGCCCACACCUGCAGCAGCAGAACCUGGAGUCUCUCUAGCUCCUCCCACUAGCACAGCAGCUGCCACCUCCCCUGGUGCCGCCAAUGUGGAUCUGUUGGGAGAAGCCUUUGCAAGUUCUGCUCCUGCCGCUGAGGCCUCCGCAGGAGCAGCUGAAGGUGGGGCUGCUGCUACAUCCACCCCAGCUGCCAACGCUGGAACUGACCCCUUUGCUCCCUCAGAUGGUAGCACCAACGCAGCGUCUUCAGGUCUAGACCUUUUCGGCAUGAUGUCAGUGGAGAGCAAUAACCCGGCUAGUUCCUUGGAUGCCUGUUUUAGCUCCGGUGUGCCCCAGCCCUCCCCUUCCCAUUCCCCUUCACCGCUCUUCACCUCCUCAUCCAACACCAUCAUCACCACUGCAACCAUUUCAGCUCCUAUUGCCGCCAGCACCACCAGCCCUGGGAUUGACCUUUUCAGUGAUAUCGUUGACUCCAUGCCAGACACGAGCUUCUCCAAAACAGACCCCGCUCCCAGUGCUGACUUGUUUUCAGCAGCGGAUGUGUUCAGCUCCUCUGCCCCCAUCCUCUCCUCAGCACCCCCAUCCAAAAUUGACACAGGAGCCAUCAUGAAUCUGUUUGGUGAGCCCACAGGAGGAGAUGCUCCAGCUGCUGCUGCUGCCCCUGCUCCUGUUGCCCCCGGUGCUGAACUGAUGUCAGUAUUUGAUGGCCUAGGGGAUGUAAUGAAGCCCACAGUGACUCCCCAGGCUGGGGAUGUUGACACCUCUAUGGCUAACAUGGCAAGUAAUCUCACAAUGGGAACUCCAGCGGCCCCUCAGGUAGCUCCCCCAAGUUGGGGUGCUCCGAUGGCCGGAGCACCAGUUGCUGGGGCUCCCAUGAUGCCAAUGGCGAGACCAGGCUUCCCAGCCGCUGGGGGGACCCCAGGAGCACCGAUGUCUCCUGGAAUGGCCCAGAGCCCCAGGAAGCCUCCACCACCCAGGAACGCUCUGGAUGACCUCAAUAUUAAGGACUUCAUGUAGACUGACUGAUCCAGAAACCCCCAAGGUUUGUCAUCGUGUCUGGAGCUCUGUGGAUGUGGAUGUCUGCACCCCCCCUUUUUUUUCUCAGCCCCUUCAGCCAGCCAUCAACUCUUCGAUCUUUGCCCCCCCCCCCUACCAGCCACGACCCCUGAAAGCAACCUGCCCUCUUUAUCUAAUGUUGUAGCACAACUGUGAAUGUGAACCCUAGAUACAGAAAAAGAGAAUUCCGUUUAUGUGUGUGUGGGUGUGUGUGUUAUUCAGUGUUAACAUUUACUUAAUAUACUACAGAAAAAUUAACAAAAAAAAUCAGUAAAUGUGUAUUUAGAUUCAUUCUGGAUUUUGGCGUAUCAGCUGACUUGGAAUGGUGGAUAUAUGUUGGUUUCUUUGCGCAUCUCCCAGACGAGGACUGUGUUGUUCAAUGUGAACUGUGUUCGGUGUAACUUCACUGGCCAACUCCCACUCCUCUAUCCCUGUUGUUCAGACUAAUACUGUUUAUUGUCAUUAAAGACUUGGUUGUACCCAUAUAUAUCUGAUGGCCAUCCAUCCUACCUGUCUACUUCAAGUUUUUUUGGACGAAAGCUCCUUAUCAAAAUGUACUUAAACACCACUUGCACUGCAAAUCUGGGCUUAUCACUAAAGACAUUAAAAAACAGUGUUUCGUUUCAUUUUCACAUUAUCUUUUUUUAGGGAUUGUAUGAAACAUGCAAAAAUUGACAUAUGCAUUUUAGACUAUUUUAAAUGACAGAUUAUACAUAUUUUCUUUAUUUUAAGUGAAAAAGUGUAUCAUAUAUUUUUAGUUACAUUAAAUUAUAUGGUUGGAUAAAAAUGCAAGUAGACUAAAAAGUUUCCCACUUUGUACAUACCUCUGAAGCUGUAACAAAUAUUGAAUGGAAAUGUUGCUCAGAGUGUGUGCUGUGUCGCCCUUUGCUGGUGUGGAGUGGUACUGCAUGAUGACGUGAAACAGGUGAAUCUGGGAGGCACUUUGAAAGAGCUCCAUUCCUUGUUUUGUCUCUACGUACGAUGAGUCCAAGUUAACGUGGAAACAAAGACACGAGGGAGUGUUUGUGAUUGGCCUCAGUUGUUUUUGGGCGAUUUGUGAUAGAGCAGCGGUUGGUACAUUUGUUCAUGUGCUGCUUAAGGAUAACGGGCUCACUGUAAAGCACUCGAGUAUACGCUGGAUGUUCUGUGUAUUAUUUCAAAAAGUGACUGUAUCUUAAUCCAUUGUGGCAUUAACAAAGUGUUGAAGGAAAAAUAAAAAUGGCACCUAAAAACAAGAAGAAUGUGGAUGAAUAUCAAAAA